GAUGGGUUGCGGGCCCCCCGGCCCGGCGCCCCCCGCAGCCGGGCGCCGCGCGUCCAGCCCGGCCUGCGGCCCCAGCCCCUGCGCCUCUCGUCCGACCCGCGAUCGUCCUCCGGACCGUGCCUCCUGGCCGCUUGGCCUGCCGGCGUGUGUGUUUUGAUCUGGGCCGUCCUCCGGGCCGUCCGUCCCCACUGGUCGGGCCAUGCCGAGUCGCCGCGUCGCCAGACCGUCCGCUGCGCCGGAGCUGGGGGCCUUGGGGUCCGCGGACCUCUCCUCGCUCUCGCUCGCCGUUUCCAGGACCACGGAUGAAUUGGAGAUCAUCGACGAGUACAUCAAGGAGAACGGCUUCGGCCUGGAGGGGGCGCAGCCGGGCCCGGGCGAGGGGCUGCCGCGCCCGGCCCCGGGCCCCGGGCCUCGGCCGCACCUGGUCAUAACCGAGCAGCCCAAGCAGCGCGGCAUGCGCUUCCGCUACGAGUGCGAGGGCCGCUCGGCCGGCAGCAUCCUCGGGGAGAGCAGCACGGAGGCCAGCAAAACGCUGCCCGCCAUCGAGCUCCGGGAUUGUGGAGGGCUCCGGGAGGUGGAGGUGACCGCCUGCCUGGUGUGGAAGGACUGGCCUCACCGAGUCCACCCCCACAGCCUCGUGGGGAAAGACUGCACCGACGGCGUCUGCAGGGUGAGGCUCCGGCCUCAUGUCAGCCCCCGGCACAGUUUUAACAAUCUGGGCAUCCAGUGUGUGAGGAAGAAGGAGAUUGAGGCCGCCAUUGAGCGGAAGAUUCAGCUGGGCAUCGACCCUUACAAUGCCGGCUCCCUGAAGAACCACCAAGAGGUGGACAUGAAUGUCGUGAGGAUUUGCUUCCAGGCCUCAUAUAGGGACCAGCAGGGACAGAUGCGCCGAAUGGACCCCGUGCUGUCUGAGCCUGUCUAUGACAAGAAGUCCACAAACACGUCAGAGCUGCGGAUUUGCCGAAUCAACAAGGAGAGCGGGCCGUGCACGGGUGGCGAGGAGCUCUACCUGCUGUGCGACAAGGUGCAGAAAGAGGAUAUAUCGGUGGUGUUUAGCAGGGCCUCCUGGGAAGGCCGGGCUGACUUCUCCCAGGCCGAUGUGCACCGCCAGAUUGCCAUCGUGUUCAAGACACCGCCCUACGAGGACCUGGAAAUCGUUGAGCCUGUGACCGUGAACGUCUUCCUACAGCGGCUUACUGACGGGGUCUGCAGUGAGCCUCUGCCCUUCACGUACCUGCCUCGGGACCAUGACAGCUAUGGCGUGGACAAGAAGCGGAAACGGGGGAUACCUGACGUCCUCGGGGAGCUGAACAGCUCUGACCCCCAUGGCAUCGAGAGCAAACGGCGGAAGAAAAAGCCAGCCUUCCUGGAUCACUUCCUGCCCAACCCCAACUCAGGCCCGUUCCUCCCGCCGUCAGCCCUGCUGCCGGACACAGACUUCUUCCCUGGCACCGUGUCCCUACCCGGCCUGGAGCCCCCCGGUGGGCCGGACCUCCUGGACGAUGGCUUUGCCUACGAUGACGCCGCGGCCCCCACACUUUUCACCAUGCUGGACAUGCUGCCCCCGGCGCCGCCACUCGCCAGCGCUGUCACGGGCAAUGGGGCUGCUGGGCCCGCUGUUGGAGAGCCUUCCGGCCCUGAGCCAAUGACACUGGACUCAUACCAGGCCCCAGGCCCCGGGGACGGGGGCACUGCCAGCCUUGUGGGCAGCAACAUGUUCCCCAACCAGUACCGCGAGGUGGGCUUUGGGGGAGGCCUCCUGUCCCCGGGGCCAGAGGCCACGUAGCCCCGAGGCGCUGGAGGAGAGGCGCUGGGUGGGGAGGGAGGGAGGUGGAAGGGGCCGUGCAAACCCAACCAGGAUGUCCAGAACCUCCAUCCCCUUGGGCCACCCUUGGUCAGUCUUCCGACCUCCUCAUCCUUCUGAAUGGGACAUCUUCAGCGCUGGUGAGAAGCUCCGCAGCACCGGUUUCCCCUGAGCCCAUUUUACAAAUGAGAAAACCGACUCCGGAGAGGAAAAGGGGCUUAGCUCCCAUGCACCAGCUUGUAAAGCUGCCUCAGCUCCCACGAAUGGGGGCACCUUCUCCAGGCGGACUCUGGAGUGUACAUAUGGGAGAAAGGUGCAGAUCCUUAGCUCUCCUCCCCCGAGCUUGAAGGUGGGGGGGUAAAAGGUUGUUUGUUCUGAGUCUUCCCAAUAAAGAUGAAUUUUUGA